ACUGCGAGUGGGAAGCGACCUUCUGUGCCACGUUCGUCACAGCCUGUCCCACCAACGGCAGCAAUGCCUCCGUCAACUGCUCGCCCAUCACAAGCUCAAGGGCCUGCUGCCAAGGGCCCUGCCAUCCCAGGCGGUAACGCUACCGUGACUCCAAAUCCAGGUGUUGCCCCGGCUGCUGCUCCUGCUACGGCUGUGGGUGCUGUUCCCACUAGCUAUGGCCCUGCCUUCGCUGUAGGUCAGACUGCACAACCUGCUUCUGCAAAUUCCUUCACCAUUGGUCCUGGCCCAGGCUUCGCGGUUGCUGAAAUUGGUGCAAGUCGUGGCGUACCCACGGUGGGAACUGGUGCCCCGAUGCCAUUCUCUCCCGUGCUGGAAUCGGCGCUAUUCGCGGACUCCGAGGGUGACGAAGAGCCGGACUACGAGCUUUCCGACACCACAAUCCUGGACGUCAAUCCGUGUCUCCUUCUGCCGCUAUCUGGAUGCAACUUCUUUUUCAUUGCCGGUGCGCAAUUUAAUUUUAUGAAAGAAUUUCACAACCAAAAAAUUUCAGCCGCGGCGUCAUACGCAAAAAAAUCGAACGCUGGUAAGAGUUUGUAUUUCAAUGCGCUUUUUCCAAAAACUGAAAGGAUCUCUUCUGUAUUCUCCAAAAGUGAUUAGAAGGCGAAAGACGUAUUAUUAUUUUCGCUCUUAGGCAAUACAUGUAUUAGUCCUGUACCCUCCCGCGAAGCUCUCCUUACCAAUGAGGUUGCAGAUGCCAUCAGGAUAGAAGGAACUGCAAGAUUUUUGAAGCUCACCUGCUUUGGCACUGGCUCCACGAUCGGCUCAUUUAAUGGUGACGUCAUCACAUGAUUUUUGUGCAUCACUCGCGUUGACGCCACCGACGCUGCCGACGCCUGAUGUUAACAUCGAUGGCCAAUUUUGGACUUUGAUAAAGCAUGUAAGACAGUCACCUUGA